AUGCCACAAACCCUGAGGCGCUCCCGUUCUCGUCCCUUGGCCGACAUCAGCAACCUCAAGACGGCACCCACACUGCCCUCUGCACCUAUCGCCUGCAAGACCGGGCUCGCGCAGCCGUCCUCGUCACCGCUCGUCGACCUCCCGCACACCGACUCGCCGCCGUUCACGCCUAAUUCCGGCACCGACGACUGUUUCGACAGCAGCUUCGACAGCGACGACGACAACGACGACCUCGAGCCGCCUCGGGCUUUCCGCACCUCGUUCGAGUCGCGCCAGUGGAAGGAGUGCACCCCGAUCCUCGACGACCCGGUCGGCGAGGCUCUUGCCGAGCAGUCGUUCAUCGCGUCGCCCUUGUCGGCCGAUGCGUCGCGGCCUAUCGAGCCUUUCACCGCCCAGUGCACCAGCUCGAGCGACGACGAGGCGUGCGGCGACGAGCUCGACGGCCUGAGCGCGAGAUCCGUCUCGACGGUCGACGAGCACGACGGCGCCUCUAAGCGGUCGAGCGAGGACGGCGCGAGCACGAUCACGACGCCCGACACGUCGGUCCCGGCGUCGUCGUCGCCCUGGACCGAGCGCUGCGACCCUCACGACGAGUCGUCCGAGUUCGAGCGGCCCGAGCGCGUCGACGCCUCGACGUCGACGUCGACGCCGCCGCGCCCGUCGGGGCGGUUCGUCGAGCUCGUCGAGACGUGCCCAACGCCACCGCCGAGAGCGACGACGAGCGCGCGCAGCCGCAGCCUCCUCGUCGCGAGCGGGCUCGGCGUCUCGGACGCGCCAGAUGGCGGCCACGACAUCAACGGCGACGCCCUCCUCGCCGCCUCGUCGUCGCGUCGGUCUUCUCGUACAGCGAGCCGCUCGCGCGAGCGCACGCGCUCCUCGUCGGCGCACUCGACGCGCGCGCCCUCGCCCGACCUCGCCGAGCCGACCUUUCCGCGGCCCGAGUCGAGCCCCGCGAGCUCGUACACGCCAUCCCUGUACCCCGACGCGGCACACUACGACACGUAUACCCGCCGGCCGCGCCUGCGCCGCUCCGUGACGCACAUGUUCGCGCCCGAGGAGCAGGUCGGCGACGUCGACAACGGCGACGAGCAGCUGCGCGACGCGCUCGCGUUCCCGCCCGCCGAAGCGCUCGUCGCCGACCUGCUGCGCGCGCAACCUGGCGAGGCGGCGGCGAGGCGAGGAGCGUGGGACGGCGACGAGGCGCUCGAGCCGCUCCGACACGUCCGGCCCGUGACGACGCCCGGGCUCGACGACGCCUGCGCCCUGCGGCGCUCUAGCGCCUCGCCUGCGCCCUUCUCGUCCCUCGUCUCCCCUGGGCCCCUUCACAACCGCCCCGACGCCGCCCGCUCUUCCCGCCUUCCCGCGCCCCGGCACCAGCCCUCGAGCUCGACCCUGCUCACCUACGACCUGUCGCACCUCCCCGCGCCCAACUCGCCCCGCGAGCGGCCAUACCGCGUGUCGUGGACCGACGUCGUGCGCCCGAGCGCGUUCGUGAGGGCUGGCAGGGGCAGCGGGAGGUGCGGCGACGUGUGGGGUGCGGUCGAGAGGCGGGUGGAGGAGCCGAGGAGCGGGGCGAGGGGUCGUGCGGGAGCAGUUGGGGCGUGCGAGGGAGGGGCGCGCAGGAGGAGCUGGUUCGGCAAGGCGUCGGCGCCGUCGUCGCGACCGGACGAAGCGCACGGGCCGUCUCGGCGCUCGACGCCUUCCCGGCUCGACGAGCUCGCCGUCCUCGCACCGCCGGCCGCGCCUCGAGCGGGUAUCGUGCGCUCGGGCAGCAUGGCGUCGGUGCGACGCAGCCUGAGCAGGCUCGGGCGGCGCAUGAGCUUGGGGCCUCGAGCGAGCGGCGACGAGCUCGAGCAGGACGGGCACGAGGGACGCGAGCGGGACGUCAAGGCGUACAGGAGGAGAAGCCUCGUCGCGUCGAUCUUUGGCGGGAGCUGGGCGGACGAGCGGCCGUCGGUCGAGGAGCUGGAUCAGUGGGUCGCGGUCGUCGUGCGGUAG